GACGAGGAGGAAAUGGUCAUACCCCCAUUCUCCUCUUUAUAUCUCCUUUGGGAGGUCAAGUUGUCCUUCCCUUCUUCCCUAUUUGGGACAAUCCUCAGGGUUUUUCCCCAUCUUGAACAUAUUUAGGUCUGAAAGUCUUGUUGGAAUGGAGACUCCUCUUGAGAAGGCCCUGACAACCAUGGUCACCACAUUUCACAAAUAUUCAGGGAAGGAGGGCAGCAAAUUGACCUUAAGCAGAAAAGAAUUGAAGGAGCUGAUCAAGAAGGAGCUCUGCCUGGGGGAGAAAAUGCAGGAGAGUGGCAUUGAUGAACUGAUGAAAAGUCUGGACCGGAACAGUGACCAGGAGAUUGACUUCAAGGAAUAUUCUGUAUUCCUGACCACACUAUGUAUGGCCUACAAUGACUUCUUCUUGGAAGAUAAUAAAUAAGUGCAUAAUAGGCCACUGUCCUGGAGGCUAACCUUCCUAGUAUAGUCUUUCUCUCUUCAAAAGGACUUCCAUUUCCAUCCUACCCCGCCCUAUCUAUAAUAACACUAACACAAUCCUCCAGGUCUAUUUUAUCUAGUGCUAGUAGACCCCUGUCUUUCUCUGGGUGGUACUCUCUAAUCUUCCUUGUCUUCCUUCCUUCCUUCCUUCCUUCCUUCCUUCCUUCCUUCCUUCCUUCCUUCCUUCCUUCCUUCCUUCCUUCCUUCCUUCCUUCCUUCCUUCCUUCCUUCCUUCCUUCCUUCCUUCCUUCCUUCCUUCCUUCCUUCCUUCCUUCCUUCCCUCCUUCCCUCCUCCCUCCCUCCCUUCCUCCUUCCCUCCCUCCCUCUCACUUCCUCUCUCUCUGUCUCUCUCUGUCUCUCCCUAUCUCUCUUCCUCUCCCUUCCCCUCCCUCUCUCCUUCUCUCCCCCCUUCAUUCCUUCUUUUAUUGGUCUGGACCUGUAAUCUCAUGGGUAUAUAACAAAUGCAGACUAGCAAGUCACUGGAAAUUUUUAAAGUUGUUUGAGAUUUGCCCAUGAUUUGCCCCGAUUUGCCCAUGGCAGAGGGCAAGCAUGUCAGGAUUUGAAACUAGGUCAUUUUAACUCUAAAGCUAGCCCUCUCUGUCCACGAGACCAUAUUUCCUUUCUUGCUUACAGUCUUCUUGAAAAUAUUUAUUGAUGUUUUUUAAAAUCCACCUUCACUUUCCAAAGACUCUCCUUCUCCAAUCCUCCCUAUAAAAUUCUCUCUAUUAAAAAUGUAGUUAAGCAAAAAAAAAAAAAUAACACAUUGGUGGGGACUGAUAUUGUAUGCUUUAUUCUAUCAAAUAACUAAUCAAUAAUCAUUUAUUAAGUACCUACUAUGUGCCAGGCUCUCUAUCUAUAGUCAGAGGAAUCUCUUGUCCAAGGAAAGGAGGUUUGUUUCAUCAUCACUCCUGAGGAAUCAAGAUUACUCCCACCCUCACCCUCCAACCCUCUUUCCUAGAAGCAAUGUUCCUAGAAGCAAUCUCUUAAUUUCUCCUGCAGAUAAUAAAAGUUUUU